GUAGGAUUCUUGAUCAUGUUUUCUACGCGUUGAAGUCGUUUUAUCAUGAUUUGACCAUACGUUAAUGUUUCCUUCAUUACUUCAGGCAGUCGGAUUUUCCUGUUGUGCAAAAAAAGGUCGUCAUCAUGGGAGAUAGUCAUGAAGUUGAAACUCAACCACCUACUACUGUUGAUGAGGAGGAGGUGGUAGAUCCACUGAUCAAAUUUCGUGAAGAGUGCGUAGCUCAUACCGGAAAAUGGAAAAAAUUGCUGGAUGAGUGCACGGAACGUGUGAAUUCGAAAGCACAGACCAAGGAAUCAUGCCAUUAUGAAAUGGUCGAUUAUAUUCAAGCUCUUGAUCAUUGCGCCAUGCCUAAGGUUUUCGCAACUUUGAAGUAGUCCGACAGUAGUCCCUCGAGAGUGAUUUUUAAAAUAGGACACUGUAUUUUUAAGCUGAUGCAUAUGUCUAUUAAUGAAUAAAUCAAUUUGCC